AUGAAGCUUUAGUUACUCAUGCAUCGUUAGAUGUGGCGUUUUCGAUAAAUCGAGACGUUGGCGCUAACAGACUUCCUGGGUACAAAAGGCCCAGCGCCGUCGUGAGAGAUAGUAAGAAAGCUUCGCUUCACCAUACCAUACACCAGGUCGAAGAAAGAUGGCGUCCACACAAUCCAAGUCCAAAGGAGUCGCAGUCGUCACCGGAUCUGCGCAAGGAAUUGGACGCAGCAUCGCAAUACGGCUUGCAGGAGAUGGCUAUGACGUUGUUAUCAACGAUUUGGAAAGAAACAAAGAGAAUUUGGAGGAAGUCAAGAAGGAAAUCGCUGCAGAUUUCCCGGAUCGCAGAGUGUUGACUGUGAUUGGGAAUGUCAGUGUCGAGGAGGAUGUCAAAGGACUGGUUGACAGCACUGUGAAAGAGUUUGGUAAGCUGAAUGUUUUUGUUGCAAACGCAGGCAUUUGCAAAACAAAACCACUCUUAGAAACGACAUCCGAUGACUUUGAGUCUGUGCUUUCUGUCAAUGUCAAAGGCACCUUCUACAGCUAUAAAUACGCAGCGCAGCAGAUGGUAGCUCAAGGUGAGGGUGGGCGAAUUAUCGGUGCAAGCUCACUUGCAGGAAAGAAAGGGCAUGCGUCACUCAGCGCUUAUUGUGCCUCAAAGUUUGCUGUCCGGGGGCUGACCCAAUCCGCAGCCAUCGAACUUGGUCGCAACGGAAUCACAGUGAACGCAUAUGCGCCCGGAACAAUUGAAACACCAAUGCGCAAGUCUCGAGAUUAAGGGCGUUAAUAUACGGUGUUGACUUUUUCACCGUGUAGUUGCUGCAUUGGCUGGAUCAACUGAUUAUAACGACGUUUACGAGGAGGUAACGCUCCCCGCCAAUGUGCAUGAGAAGUUCUGACAUUUUUCAUACUUGAGUUCAAACGGUUGUC